AUGCCCUCUUCAAUUGUGGAGUCCCCACCGUCAAUGGCGUCGGCGUCACCGACUCUCUUUGAGGGUUCUUUAACGGCAUCUUCCAUGGUGGAGUCGCUGCCGUCAACAGCGCAGCCGUGGUCUUCACCCGCGUCAUCGACUCUCUUCGAGGUUUCUUUAAUGCCGUCUUCCAUGCAGUCGCCAUCGUCACCCGCGUCAUCAUCCUCCGCGUCGCCACCAUGUUAUGGUGGUUCUCACACUUUCGUUUACCGCAAUUUUCAGUCUACAACCUUCACAACUCAGAAAACUUCAAAGAUUCGAUUAUUUACAAAGCUCUGUAAUCCUCCUUCUGUUCUCAUACCAUCGUUUCAUGUCAACAUCGGGAAGAUAAAGGAUGAGCUAUUGGGCUUUCAACAUGUUGAUCAAUUACUGAAUGAUCUUGAAGUCAAGCUACAGGGUAAUCGUAUAGAAUUGGGAGAAGCAUGUAUUGAAUUGAAUCUCUUAGUUGAUGGAUUCAACGCGCGGGGUCGUGUGGUGAUUUUCUAUGUCAAUGGUCAUGGAGAAGCAACAUCUAAGUCGGAGGACUAUCUCGCUAUUAGUAGUCAGAAGGCCUGCCAACAUUGCUCUCCUCAACCGCUUGACAUGACAAAUAGGAGGCUUCUGACCUUGUCAUGCAGACUGUAUGCAGUGCUUGUGGCUUAG